CAAGUCAGAUCCAGGCGACCAGCAGCUGUCCAGAGCAAGCUGUUGCCUCUCUGUUUGCAGCAGCAGAGACCUGGGUUCAUUCCCACCUCUUCCCCCACGUCAGCUGCAGUGGGACCAGAGCCUUAGAGGAGCUGUCUGGCAGUCGGACGCAGACUAGCCUGGAUGUAUGGAUGUCUAAACUGGCCAGGAUUUCUCCAGCAUUCUUUGAUGGGGCUCCUGUUUUAACAGAAAGAGUCGGAAGAUGUCUUCCAUGUUUGGCAAACCUCGGGCUGUCCCCUGGGCAAACGAGCGCCACCUCCCGAGCCUUCUGCAGGAGUGCAAUGUGGCCAUCCUGGGCUGCCAAGGAUCUGGAAAAUCAGCACUAACAGUGAAGUUUCUUACCAAGAGGUUUAUAAGUGAAUAUGACCCCAAUCUGGAAGACACUUAUGCUUCAGAAGAGGUAGUAGACCAACAGCCUGUCUUGCUCAAGGUGAUGGAUACAGCGGAUCAGGACACACCCGUGGGCUGUGAGAGGUAUCUGAAUUGGGCCAAUGCCUUUCUAGUCGUCUACAGCAUUGACAACCGAAAGAGCUUUGAAGGAUGUCAGCAGUACCUGGAUCUCAUUGCUCUCCACUUGAAGAACACGUUCCAUGAAUCUCCGAUUCUCCUGGUAGGGAACAAGCUGGAUAUGGAACAGUACAGGCAAGUCACCAAAGCUGAGGGGAUGUCUCUUGCCACCAAAUAUGGCUCCUCCUUCUAUGAAGUCUCCACAUGUCUGGAUUUUGAGUCUGUGCAGCACAUCUUCCAUGAGGCGGUGCGGGAAGUGAGGCGGGAGAUGGAGAGACCUCUGGCAGUCCGGCCCUUGUUCAUCAUUGAGGAGAAGCCCUCAGCCCAUCUGGUCCCAGCCGCCACCAUCGCCUCCACCUACAACUCGCUCUCAACUGUCAACUAUAAAGAGGUCCCUUCAGUUGCCCGGGCCAAGCUGGUCACGGUCAAAUCAUCAAGAGCUCAAAGCAAGAGGAAGGCUCCAGCACUGACUUUGCUGAAGGGGUUUAAGAUAUUCUAAGUGAGGAUUCUGCAGGGAGGCUACAAGGCAGAAGAGGGAACACAGCCGUUGCUGGGACGGGUUGAAUCCCCCAAGCAAUUUGGGGGCCAUUUUGAAUGUCUAUCCCCUGGCCUUUCCUGCAGUCCAAGUGGCCUGGUGGAAAUGCAGCAAAGCAUUUUGGGAAAGGAUCAGAGAAUCGGCCAGCGGACAAACUAUGGGUGAAGGCCCCAGGUGGAGAAGGUGGUUUUAAACUUUUUUCUUCGCCAUAAACAUGUGGAGGGCUCUGCCACAUAUAGUUGGAGCCAUUGAAAGAGGCCCAUGGAAAGAAUUUGCUCUUGAGGUCUUUCCUUGGGACUGAAUGGAGAUUUGGGAAGCCAGAGAGGCUACCACCAGCCAAAGAAAGGGUUCUACCAUGAAGCAGAAGACAUUCAUAGCCACCCCAUGGCCUCCACAUCACUAAAUGAUUAAGAAAACCACACUCCAUGUGAUGAUUUCACCAACACUCUUUUCUCAACUGAAAGAAUUUCUAGAUUAAAUUCUCUUUCAUCAGUAAAAGAGAGCUAGUUGGAAAAAACAAAACAAAACAGGAGAAUUGUUCAACCGGUGGAAGAAAUAACAUAGCAUGCCAGUGCAUAUGUUUUCCCCCAUGUUUUGGUGAGCGCUGUGUAAAAAUAAAAUAAAUAAAGACAAAGGGGGAAAGGGGAAAUGGAUAAAGAGGUCAGAAACAGAAGCACAAGCAAGGCACACCAGUGUGCCGGGGAAUGUGAGUGGGAGCGCAUGAUGCACCGAUGGGUUCUCUGAUGCUUCCCCUGCAUUGCCAAAAUGUAGAUUGUGGAGGUGCACAGCGCCCCCUAGUGUUCCUGGACAGACAAUGACAGGUUUUCAGUCAUUCAUCCUUUUUGCAAGAAUCCUAAUCCACCCCAAGAAACUGGCCGCAUUGAAUCACGAUCCAGGGCUAGGCAUUGGGGUUCCCGAUAGGGUGCCCAUGGGCCCUAAUUUGCACAAAUCCUGUCUUGAACAGACCAGGCUCCGUUCCCCCUGCCAGCGUAAGACGUUCCCUCCAAACUCCAAAUCUACUCACUGCCAUCCAAGGGCCAAGGAGCCUUACUUUGGUGGUACAUGUGAACCAGGCCUCUAGGUAAUUGAAAAACCCUAGCUAAAAUGAAUUUUCAUGUGUGAACUCCACCAGGGUCAGAAAUAUAAAAGGACACAGUCCAAAACCACAUAAGGGAGGGAAGCAAGACAGCUGUUCAAAAUUGGGAAGGGGUGGCAUGGCAAUAAAGGCCUCCUCUUUUGGAGGUGUGAUGCAGCGCAAAGGGGGCACUAUCACGGGUCUGCACGGGGCAUCUUGCAGAUUUUGAUAGAUCCCUGCCGAUAAUUUGUUAUUUCCCCAGCACUCCAACCAACGUGAUGCCAUGCAUCACAGAAAAGCUGAAGGAUCUCCAUGGCUUUCAUGAGUAAAAUUGGCAUUAUAUUAUAUAGAGAGAGAUCUAUAGAUCUAGCAGCAUGAUAAUCCUUUCAAAAGCCUUUUUAAUGGGCUUUGGCUUGGACUGGUAGUGAAAAUAUUAACCUAGUUGCCUUGGAAGUCACAAGGCUGCUCAAACAUCUUCUUGACUGCUCCUUAGAGAAGAAAAUCCUAAAAGUUACUUGUCUGAUCUACUUCAGCCCUAAAAGUAGGAGUAGGGGAGAUUAACAAUUAACCCAUAUAAAUUCAAUCAUGGGGCAGACAUGAUCUCAAAAAUCAUGGGGCAUUCCUCUUUUUUUCCCUUUCCCUUUUUAAAAGAUAUGAAACAGCCAACCCCAGCCAGGAUAAUUGUUCCAGAGAAUUGGGAGGGUUGAAGUCCAGACAUCUGGAGGACAUCUGGGUUGGGUGCCAAAAAUCAUCCAGAGCUCUCAGAAAUGUCUGCUCUCCCCCACCCAGCUCUUUUCCUUGUUUCAAAAUUUGAAGGUUCCCAAUUGUCUCAAAUUAUGACCUAUUGUGAUGCAGCGAAUAUUGGCAUAAUAUAACCACCAAGGGUGUCCACAGGAAAGGUUCAGAACGGUCCAGAGGGCAGCUGUGACUCCAUGUCAAAAAGGGUGGGAUUCCACCUUGACGUAUUUGCCCCCCAACUCCCGUGCUGACACCCGCGUUAACGAAACACUUAAAGUGUUAAGGAGGCAAAUAUAGCACUUUCAUUAUUUAAAACUCCUUCUUUAGAGGAAAAAAAUCCACUUUGAUUUAUUGUAUCUUUCCUUUUUUGUUGUCGUUGACAUGGAAAAGAGGCAAAUUGGGAUGGAAGUAGAAACCACUUCCUGCUUUUUCUCAUAUUACACUUGGGGUUAAAAAAUGAUCUUCUGAUUCAACAUCACAACUACAUUCAACUGCUGUGGAAAAUUCUUCAGUACAUGGGAAAAUCCAAGCUUUGCAUUGACUCUUUCAUUCUGCUUCUUGGUUCAAUAGCAGCUUCCCUUCUCUGGUUAGGAUUUGAUUUAUUUAACUCUAGGAUCCUGAAAUAAUUUAUACCAUAUGCACAGACUUGCAUUUCAACUAUUCCAGGCACCAUACCCAUAUCACAUAUGCUUACAAUCCCCAGGUUCACUGAUAUAUGUAACUUUCCCAUAGAAGAGAAUAUCUGUAGCUCAGGGUUGAACAGUUGGGUUCUUGGGGUUUGCUGAGCUUGGUUGUUUUCUUGCAGACGUUUCAUUACCAGUCUAAGUAACAACAUCAGUGCAAGGGGGAGUGAGCUGUUUAUAUGUAUGUUUGCUGACUGUUUAUAUGUUCAUUUAAAAUUCUAUGCCCAAUUUAAGGUGAAUCUGCCAUAGCUUAUUUGGAAAAAAGGGUUGACUGGAUUUUCAAGCCAGCAAACAUAUGAAUUAAAGUUGAAUAAGGCAUUAAUAAAGCUGGGUUCACAUUUUGUCUUGCCAGGAGACCUGAAAAGUGUAGUUCAAUCUUUCUUAAUUGGGAGGGGGGAUGAUCCUGAACAAAGACUGUUCUUCACCUUCUCCAAACUAGAAUACCCAGAAUACCUUUAAAAUGACAUGACAUACAUCGCCCAUCCUGCCUUUUACAUUCUCAGCUAAAACCCAUCUUGAGUGGGAGAUUUGGGAGUGGCAGACCCACCCCAUUUGCAGCGCACCCGGUAGGGGAACUUGUACUUGACAGAAUCAGAGAGAAUCAGAAUCAGAGAGACCUUGAACUUCUUUCCAGCUCAUCUGACAGAUUUUGUAGAAGCCAGUGCAACAAAACAAGCGAUUCUGGCUAUCGCACACCCAGGCUAUCUUCGCACAGUAUCCUUAAUUGGUUAUUUCACUCACUACUCAAAUAACUAAUUGAGCUAGCUUGGCGUCAGGGGUCUCCUCAGGGACGGUCAAACAUGUCAAGAUGGUAACCACAACUGAGCAAACGAAGUUCUGCCUGGUUUUUACGAGCAUUGCUUUGAUUGCCCUGUCGUGGCCGCCAUUUUGUUUGACGCUGUGGACACCCUGGUGACACAGUACGGUAAGAUACAAACCAACUAAUCAAGAUUAACACUAACAUGAACCAACUGACCAGGCUUAGCAUAUGAUAUGAAUGAGGUCACUGGGCUGACCUAGUUCAACAUUUGUGUGAAGACAGCCGGUACAUGAAUAGGUGGAUUACAUGUCUUGUACAACUUGUAACACAAAGGGAGCCCGUGUGUCUCUGUUUUUUGCUGGCUCUUUGAUUCCACUUAAUGAAUUUGGCUUUGAGGCCUGCAUUCCAAAAAUGUCAACAGUCCAGGAAUCCUGGUGGGUCUCACAUAA